UUGUGUAGGAGUUGCUGCUGUGAGUAGUGUGUCAGCAUCUCAGCAAGACGAAAAACUGAGGCUGGGAAGCACGCUUUGUAACCUUCACACUGGGGGAUUGGGUGAAACGGAGAAAACAUUUUACUUUGCCGUGUAAGCUUCUCCAAGAAUUUAAUGUAUUUUUUUUUCUUCAACAAAUACACGUUGUUCAUUCUUAACUGACAUUUGGAAGUCUAGUUUUCUGCUAAUAUUCUAAGUACAAAAAUAUCGACGUAUCUGUAACGGGCAGCCAGCAAGCGAGGUCGCUGAGCCCGGAAGAAGUGUGGCAGAUUCAUUGUACUUUUAAUUAUUUAAACUCAUUGAAGAUUAUACGGGAGAUAAAUUAUUGUUCAUAGCGCUGUCGUAUCAAAAUAUUGUUAAGAAUUAUUAACUAGUGGUGCCAUGUCCGCGCCAUCAUUAAACACAUCCCAGGAUCUAGCCGGGGAUUUGGCUCUCAAGCCCAUCGGCAAAGCCCCCAGCCAGAGCCGCUUUCAGGUCGAUCUGGUGGCGGAGGCAGCUGGAGCCGAGUCUGGUGGCGAUCCCUCUCAGAGUACCAAACCGACGACAGCAUCACCAGAUGCAACCGGGGACAAGUCUGCUUCAGACAGCGGCAAGCAAGCUUCUUCACAGCAUCCACCCGGAGGCGAGGAAGCCAAAGGCAGAUUCAGGGUUGUCAACUUUGUGGACCCAUCUGGCGCCGAGAGCCCACCAGAACUCAACGCUGCCGAUGGUCUCCAGAAUGGGGAUACGGUUAUGAGCGAAGGGAGCCUACACUCCUCCACUGGGGGCCACCAUCAUUAUUACUAUGACACCCAUACCAAUACCUACUACCUGAGGACUUUUGGUCACAACACUAUCGACGCGGUACCUAGGAUAGACUUUUACAGGCAGACGGCCGCGCCGCUCGGGGAGAAACUGCUGAGACCCAGCCUGGCAGAGUUGCACGAUGAGCUGGAUAAGGAGCCCUUUGAGGAUGGCUAUGCAAAUGGAGAAGAAACCACUCCUGCACAAGAGGCAGCAGCCAAGGAAGCGAAUGAGGGCAAAGGUGUUGUGAAGUUUGGCUGGAUUAAAGGUGUACUGGUACGAUGCAUGUUGAACAUAUGGGGCGUCAUGCUCUUUAUUCGCAUGACCUGGAUUGUCGGGCAAGCCGGCAUUGCUCUUUCCUUUGCUAUUAUCUUGAUGGCAACAGUUGUGACAACCAUCACUGGAAUGUCCACUUCAGCCAUAGCGACCAAUGGGUUUGUGCGAGGAGGAGGGGCGUAUUACCUGAUAUCCAGAAGUCUGGGACCUGAGUUUGGAGGGUCAAUCGGCCUCAUAUUUGCCUUUGCGAAUGCAGUAGCAGUGGCCAUGUAUGUUGUGGGCUUUGCAGAAACUGUUGUGGAGAUGCUGAAGGAAAGCGAUUUACUCAUGAUUGAUCAAACCAAUGACAUCCGAAUCGUUGGCACUAUCACUGUCAUUGUGCUGCUUGGAAUCUCUGUAGCUGGAAUGGAAUGGGAGUCUAAGGCCCAACUUGUUCUGCUGGUUAUCCUGAUAGCAGCCAUUUUUAAUUAUGUUGUUGGAUCAUUUAUCCCCAUGGAGUCUAAGGAAGCCAAAGGAUUCUUUGGAUACAAAGGUGACAUAAUGAUGGAGAACAUGGGUCCUGAUUUUCGAGACGGAGAGACUUUCUUCUCUGUCUUUGCCAUUUUCUUCCCAGCUGCAACAGGGAUUCUUGCUGGUGCGAACAUCUCUGGGGAUCUUGCGGAUCCGCAGUUAGCCAUCCCAAGAGGAACUCUCUUAGCCAUCUUGAUAACUACUAUCGUUUACCUUGGAAUUGCUUUUUCUACAGGUUCUUGUAUUGUGCGUGAUGCCACAGGGAAUGUUAAUAAUACCAUUGUUGGAACUCUUACAAAUUGCACUCAAGCAGCUUGUAAAUCCGGUUAUGAUUUCUCUUCCUGCACAAACAUGACAAAAUGCGCAUACGGCCUCCAGAACGACUUCCAGGUAAUGAGCUUGGUGUCAGGAUUUGGACCUCUCAUUUCUGCCGGCAUCUUUUCAGCCACUCUUUCUUCAGCUUUGGCUUCUCUAGUGAGCGCACCCAAAGUCUUUCAGGCUUUGUGCAAGGACAAUAUCUACCCAAGUCUUGGGGUGUUUGCAAAGGGAUAUGGCAAGAACAACGAACCGCUGCGUGGAUACAUGCUCACCUUUGUAAUUGCUCUGGGAUUCAUAUUGAUCGCCGAGUUAAACACCAUCGCUCCCAUCAUUUCCAAUUUUUUCCUGGCCUCCUAUGCCUUGAUCAACUUCUCUGUGUUCCACGCUUCUCUGGCAAAGUCGCCAGGUUGGCGCCCUGGAUUCAAAUACUACAACAUGUGGAUCUCACUUAUUGGAGCUGUCAUGUGCUGUGCUGUGAUGUUUGUCAUUAACUGGUGGGCAGCCUUGGUUACGUAUGUCAUUGUCCUGGCCUUGUACAUCUAUGUCACCUAUAAGAAACCAGAUGUGAACUGGGGUUCUUCAACUCAAGCUUUGACCUACCUCCAAGCACUGCAGCACUCCAUUCGCCUUACUGGUGUAGAGGAUCAUAUCAAAAAUUUCAGACCACAGUGCCUGGUAAUGAUUGGUCCUCCAAAUUCCCGUCCAGCGCUGCUCAAUCUGGUCGAUGCCUUUACGAAAAAUGUUGGCCUCAUGGUCUGCGGACAUGUUCGCAUGGGCCCUCGCAGGCAAGCCUUUAAAGAACUGGCAAACGAUCAGGCUCGAUAUCAACGCUGGUUACUUAGGAACAAAACCAAGGCAUUCUAUACUCCAGUGUAUGCAGAGGACCUCCGGGAGGGAUGCCAGUUCUUGCUACAGGCUGCUGGGCUAGGGCGACUGAGACCCAACACGCUGGUUGUUGGCUUCAAGAGUAACUGGAGAGAUGGAGAUAUGAAGGAUGUGGAGACAUAUAUUAAUAUGAUGCAUGAUGCAUUUGACUUUCAGUAUGGAGUGGUUGUCAUUAGACUGAAAGAAGGACUUGAUAUUUCCCAUAUUCAAGGACAAGAAGAACUUCUAGCCUCUCAGGAGAAAUCGGCUACUCCAAAGGAAGUUGUGGUGCAGUUUGAUCAAGGCAAAGAGUCUGAUGCUGAUUCCUCAAAACCAUCUUCCAAAGCAACCAGCGAGCACAACAGCCCUGCUAUUCAGAAAGAUGAAGAAGAGGAUCGCAAGGCUCCAACGCAGCCACUGUUGAAAAAAGGAGCAAAAAGUCCUUCUACCCCAUUAAACUUGGCUGACCAGAAACUGCUGGCGGCUAGCAAACAGUUCCAAAAGAAACAGGGCAAAGGAACUAUAGAUGUCUGGUGGCUCUUUGAUGAUGGCGGCUUGACACUGCUGAUCCCCUAUCUGCUCACCAACAAGAAGAAGUGGAAGGACUGCAAGAUCAGAGUGUUUAUUGGUGGGAAAAUCAAUAGGAUAGACCAUGACAGAAGAACAAUGGCUACUUUACUCAGCAAAUUCAGGAUGGACUUCUCGGACAUCACUGUCCUUGGAGACAUCAACACAAAGCCAAAGAAAGAAAACAUCGCGGUGUUCGAGGAAAUGAUAGAGCCCUUCAAGCUCAAUGACGACGACAUGGAACAAGAUGCUGCUGAGAAAAUGAAAGCCGAAGAACCCUGGAAGAUCACUGAUAAUGAGCUGGAGAUUUACAAGACCAAGACCUAUCGCCAAAUCCGACUGAAUGAAUUGUUGAAGGAGCAUUCAAGCACAGCGAACCUCAUUGUCAUGAGCAUGCCCCUGGCUCGAAAGGGGGCUGUGUCUAGUGCUCUCUACAUGGCCUGGCUGGAAACCCUUUCUAAAGACCUGCCACCCAUCCAACUUGUGCGUGGCAACCACCAGAGCGUCCUCACCUUCUACUCCUAAACAACACGUGGUGCUCGGGGACUGACCUCUUUCGCCAGCACUGUGCUACUGCAGUGUCUAGACAUACCUUGUAGAAGACUUUGAAGAAGCUGCACCGCCACUGCAAGGAGAAAGGGUCUGACUCUGUGGGCAAAGCACCACCAGUCCCAUUGGCCUGAAAGGACACACAUGACUGGAGGGGGGGAUCUCGGGUCAUGGUGACUCCAGUUUCAGCCUUUUUGACCUGAAGGAUCCAGUGAUCUUAUCUCUUUUUUUUAUUUUUGUUUUUGUUUUCUUAGAUUGAAUGCUUAAAAUUCUUAAUUUUACAAAAACAUAAUGACAAAAACAGAACUGAACAGUUGAGGGUUUCUUUUGCUUCUUGAAUGACUAUUAUUUUUGCUACUUGAAAAGCAGCAAUAAUCACAAGUUAAGUUAAUUUUCUUUUUCUUCUGUUAGAGAAACUGAAAAACAUUGCAUUACACUUUGCAAAACCUUCCUAGCCUUAUUCAGCUGCCUUCCACAAAAUGUAAUAAAUAAAUAAAAUCUUGACCAAAUUUCAUUUUUAUAUUUAUA